GAUAUCUUAUAACUACAACUUCAUGUGUCGUUCUUCGUACAUGUGCAGUAUUGUGUGGAUUUAGCACAGUUGCUUAUUUUCUGAUUGUCAGAAAUAACUAUCAAAUAUAUUCGUAUAGGAGUAUUGUUUAACUGCGCACGUCAUCUAUGUUACUCUAUAGUUUAAGUUCAGUUUAAACCAAGCUAACAAUUAGCCAUGCAGCACGACGAUGUAUUAUGGGACCUUAUUGGUAACAAACAGCAAUGUUCAUACAAAAUAAAAGCGCGAACAUCAAAAACACAAAGGUUUUGCAAAAAUGAAAACAAUGUAACAGGACUGUGCAACAGAAACUCAUGUCCUCUUGCCAACAGUCAAUACGCAACAAUACGUGAAGAAAAGGGUAUUUGCUAUUUAUACAUGAAGACUAUUGAGCGUGCUGCUUUUCCUGCAAAGCUGUGGGAAAAAGUAAAGCUCUCUCGGAAUUAUGAAAAAGCUUUACAACAAAUUGAUGAGCAUCUGAUAUACUGGCCUUACUUUUUAAGACACAAAUGCAAGCAGCGAUAUACUAAAAUAUUUCAAUAUCUAAUUCGGAUACGAAAAUUAUCCAUGAAAAGACAGAAAAAGUUAGUUCCUAUAAACAAGAAAGUUGAUAGAAGAGAAGCCAAGAGAGAACAAAAAGCAUUGAUCGCUGCUCAACUGGAUACCGCAAUUGAAAAGGAGUUGCUUGGAAGGUUAAAGCAGGGAACCUAUGGAGAUAUUUAUAAUUUCCCAGCAACUGCUUUUGACCGAGCAAUGGAACAAGAAGAAAUUGAGAGCGAGAGUGAAACUGAAUCUGUAAAUGAGCAAGAUUCUGAGGUAUGUUGGCCCUUGUUGGAAAUAUUAUAUAUUUUGCCUGCCUGUAACCUAGAGGUAAUGGGUUCAAGGCUCGACGCUGCUACCAUUGUGGGCGUAUGUGUCCUUAAGCAAGACACUGUGGAGGAAGGCUCAUCUGGAGAAGAAGAAGAAGAAGAAGAAGAAAUAGUGCCUGUCAAACGAAAACGAGCUAAAGUUCAAAUUGAAUAUGAAUUAGAACACAAUACUACAGAGAGAGAAAAAAUAAAAAAUACAUUUUAAUAUUUA